AUGGGUUCUCGAGACCACCUCAUUCAGGCCAAUGGCGGUUACGCCUAUGGAUACGAUGGCUCCUCCACAGAUGUUGAUGCCGCCACGUCGUCGCUGGACACGGAAGACGAGGACAGCAUGGAUGACGUUUUUGGCGAGAAUGUGAAGCAACCCCGUGGAUGCCGGCCUCCGCUCACCGCUGCUUGCUGUUGCCAUUGCUGCUAUGUUGUUCAGUUCUUCCUGUUCAUGAUCAUUUUCCCCCUAUGGACAAAGUGGCUCGUAACGAACCCAAUGCCAACACAGUACUGGCACGAGCAGUACCCCAAGUGGCCUUCCAUCGCUGCGAUUGGUGGACAGGAGCUUGCCGAAGAAAGCCUUGUGCAAUAUCCGAUCGAGAUGUCACCUAUCCCAACGGAACCAGACAGUUGUAACUACAGCUGCUCGUCAUGGCGUGGCUACCGCACCAACGAGAUGAACUUCCGCGUGAGUAUGACGGUCAACGACUCUGUGCUCAACAAGGGCUAUGUGCACACCAUCUACCCCGUUUUGAUGGCAAGUGCGGACUUUGCGGAUUGGUGGGUGGUUGCAGACAGGCGACAUGCCUACCCAUCACCCUUCUGGCGUGCAAAAACAGACAAGACUGGACACGCAUACACUUACACCACCGACACAUGCAUCAGCCCACCGGAAGGUUCGAAGGUGACCCGUGAAGCCAAUUCUGGCGUCUACGUGCUGGCGUGUGUGGUUUGGAGCCCAUCCAGUUUUGCUGAGCUCGAAGCAAAAACUCAGUUGGAUGAUGCGGACCUUGGCCAGUACUGCUACACAGCAGGUGGUGUUUGCGGAUGGACGUGUGACUCGGUGGUGAACUCCGACUUGUUGGAGGGCUGCACCGCAGACAGCACCAUAAAGAUGACUUCAUCCUCCGUUGCUGGUCGAGAGAUCCCAGCGGCCGCAUUCCAGGGCAGCGUGGAGAUGCGAGAGUGUUUGGAUGGCGCUACAUCGGGGAAGUGUGAGACGGCAACGGAGAAGUUCAAGCAGUGGAAGUGCCACAAGUGCUUGUACGACCCUCGCACGGAGGACGACAUGCGAAGACGCCUCCAAAUCAUUCCAGGAAUUGGCGGUCUACCCUCAGGUUUGCCUGGGAUGGACGAUCCUGAUAGCCCACUCCCAGGAAUCGGUGAUACUAGUGGCGGACUUCCUGGCAUUAGCGGCGGGGGAGACAGCGACUCCACUGCUAAGACUCCCUCGAUCUACACUUCGCUGCCGCGCUUCCACAUCACCGUCAGUGGAGCUACGAUUCCACAGGGCACAGAUGUUUUCAGUCAGCCCCGGAUCUUUGUCUUGCAGAGCUCCAGGGACGAGCGCGGGACAUGGCGCAAGCUCUACAAGAAUGACUACGGCAUGACGCAGCCUCCCGUUGCUGUGGGCAAGGAUGGGAAACCCUUGGUGAAGGUCAAGGAGUCGGAUUCUUACGAUGAGGAGCUUGCCCCGGUACAAGACCCAGUCUCGAAGCUUGCCAUGAGCUUGAACCAGCAGAAUCGCUUGGAGAUCGACCCCGGCUGGUGCUAUGGCCGACAGGGUCCACUCUACCUGGUGGCCUGUGCAGUGAACAGCACUCUCUAUGAGGGCCUCUUUACUCGCUUCAAGGCCGGUCAGCAAGCAGCUCCUCCACCUUUCAAUGACCGAUGUGUUGCAGUGUCCGGUCGGUGCGCACAUGCUUGCCAACCCGACCAGACCCCCAUGGCAAACUGCACGGCUGACGGCUACAUUAAACAAGAUGCCUUGGUGGGAUAUGUGGGCUAUCAGAAAAAUCAGACGGCUCCGGUUUGGCUCUUCUGCUACGUGCUGCUGAUUGGCUUCGGAGUCAAAGCAGUCAUGCUUUGCCCAGGUGUGUUUUCACCAUACCCGCACUUUCGACGCUACGACCCCGACCUCACAUCUUCACUGCGGUACAUCGUUGUCACCGUUCCGAGCGCCGGAGAAAACAAAUGCACGGUGUUGCGGAAUAUUGUUGGCGCCAUCGGCUGCAUGCCAAAAGACUGCAGAUGCCGCUACCAUGUGGCCUUUGUCGAUGAGGGCCAUCGAGCUGAGCAGAAGCUCAUGUUCAUGAAGCUGGCCUCCAUCAUCGAGAAGAUCCCAAAUUUCGGGGGUGCUACCUACGAGGAGAACGUCAGCAAGUUCUUCCAGCAGUGGGUGGAGGACACCAAAAAGAUGGACCUCAAGAAGUUGAAGGAUGGUUACGAUGGAGAGGUUGAUCCAAGAGACAUGGACAAGAUGAGUGGCAAGAACGCACUGAAAACACUCAAGAAGGAAGGCGGCUGGGGAGCGAUGCCGCCCCAUGUCCUUGAACCUCUUUCGGAUGCCCUGAUUGUGAUGGAGGAGGAUUUACGAAACCUCAAGAAAGAGAAAAAGGACCUUCAUCGUGAUGAUGUGGCCGACUGGGAGCCGCAGGACCGCAACAGCUUGGCGCUCCGCCUGCACUACCUGGCGAGGGCUAAGCCCAUGGAAGAUGAGCGGACCAUCAAGGCGCAGCAUGUGGCCCCAGGAACUUGGUACUACAAGGUCCCCCAGAACGCUGAGAACAAGGACUGGCUGAAGUUACGUGCCAAUGCACGGCAAAUGGUGUAUGGUUUGGAAGAUGAUGACCACUUCAUGAACAACGUGCCGCUCCGCACCAGCCGCGGAAAGGCGGGCGGGCUGAACUUCUGCGAGAACUACCUGUGCCUCUACGCAGACAAGACGGAGAACUUGUACGGUGACUCCCGAGACAAUGCCCCCUGCCUCUACAGCAUUUGCGAUGCUCGGCACCAGUUCCAAACUGAUUUCUUCCACAGCACAAUCCCAUACUUCUUCGAUGACGAGAUGGAGCUCAACCCUUACGUGGGCUUCACGCAGUGCCCCCAGUACUUCCACGAGAUGCAAGACGAGGUUGACUACCUGGACAACAACAACGCACAGUUCUUCCGACUGAAUUGCAUGAUUCGAAAUUGUUGCGGCGGUGUCAGCUCUUGCGGAACGAACGGCACAUGGAUGAUCAAGCAUCCUUCCGGAGAUCUGGUGUGGGAGAAGGAGCGCAGGCGGGUUCGUGAUGCCGAGAGCAAGCGCCAUAUCCAGGAGUACGUUGAGCGCCGCACAUUCCAUGAGAGCUGCAAGGUCGAAGACACGGCAAGUAGUUUGCAGCAAGUGCUUCGAGGCCGCAGGUCGCAGUUCAUCAACCGCAGGUUGUCCUAUGGCAUGGCGAAGAACCCAAUCGAUUACCUGGCAGCCGUGCAGCGAUGGGCCGAGGGAGGAGUGGUCCUCUCCCUCCAGACGUUCUUCAGCUGCCACAAGGGCGUGUACAUGGUUUGGUUCACCCUGAUCUUCUUCUUCUGCUUCCUUGCAUCGCUCUUCCGCUUGGUCAGCAAGACCGACACCACCUGGGAGAUUGUCAAGUGGGGCUUGCUGGAUGAAAGCUGGUACACGAACACCAUUCAGCAGCCAGUCGUGUCGUGGCUGCGAAGCUUUGCGCUCGUUGCCAAGAGCCAGUACUUCAAGAACCAUCCAGAUCUUUUAGACACAUUCGUGACCAUGACCCUUCAGUUCACAAUUUGGGUCGCAAGCUUGAUCCUUUUCCUGACGCUCGUCUUCUUGUUCACCGAGCUGCUCAAGUUCAUCCAGCGUCGAUGCGGCCUGCACCUGCCGGUCGUCUGGCCGGACGAGAUGCGCUGGUGGGCGCGACUCCUCAUCUCCAUGGACAACCUGACGUAUUUCCUCUGGUUCUGGACUGCUUUCUUCUGGAUUGGCUUCAAUUACUAUAGCAUCUUCGCAAAGCGAACAUAUCACUUCUCAUCCACGGGCAUGUUCACCUUUAUGCUUACGGUGCAAAUCCUGAGCUGGGGCAUGGUCAUUGCCUCUUCGAUGCGCUACACCCUCUCAACGAGCAUGGAGGCCAACGAGGUGAUUGGUUUGUCGAUGGACAACAUUUGGCGAUCCACCCAGCUGUUCUACAUGUCGGCACCACUUCUGCUGUACUCCAUCAUUAAGGGAACCCAGGAUUACAUCAGAUACCAGCUGUAUGGAGAGGACAUCAGUUUCUGGGUGGGCGGAGAUCGCGGAGUGAUGUCUACAAACCUUGUGAAAUAUUGGACCCUGCUCUUGAUCUUGGGUGCCAUUGGUGCAUGGAUCUACUACAUCAUCGAGGGGCGCAAGCACACAGGAGUCAUGUCCGCAGUGCUCAUCGUCUCCCUGAUUGCGCUGGACGUGCUCCACCCAUGCACGUACCUGUGGGUGGGCCGCACGAAGAUGACCAAGGAGAAGUCGGCCAAGCUUACAUGGAGCCAGGCUUUGGUAACUCGGGGCUGGUGGGAGCUGAUGUUCCACAGGCUGAUCCUCAACUCCGCGGUCACCGGCGUCUUCAAGUGGCUGGGACCGGCCUGGUUCGUCCUGAUGCCCUUCCUCGUCCUUUUCAUGCCAUACAUUGGAGUGAACCAGGCCUUCAUGAUGAUCGGGUCUACCACCAAUCGGUAG